AACCCAAACCCUAGCCUCCUUGGAAAAACAAACUGUUGAUUUGGCCUCUUCUUCACCAUUAAAAUACCCCAAUUUAUCAGAAUCCCUAAUUUUCCACCCAAAAUCCCCAAUUCCACACAUAUAUAUACACCACUCCACUCCACUCCACCCAUUUCACAACCCUAUCCCUCUCCUCUCUUUCUCUAGGAAGCUUUAUCCUCCUCAGAAAUGGCCGGAACCGGAGUUGUAACCGUCUACGGCAACGGCGCCAUCGCCGAGACCACCAAGCAAUCCCCCUUCUCCGUCAAGGUCGGCCUCGCUCAGAUGCUCCGCGGCGGCGUCAUCAUGGACGUCGUCAACGCCGAGCAAGCUCGCAUCGCGGAGGAGGCCGGCGCCUGCGCCGUCAUGGCGCUCGAGCGCGUCCCCGCCGACAUCCGCGCCCAGGGCGGCGUCGCUCGGAUGUCAGAUCCGCAGCUGAUUAAGGAGAUCAAGCAGGCCGUCACGAUUCCGGUGAUGGCCAAGGCUCGGAUCGGGCACUUCGUGGAGGCGCAGAUCCUGGAAUCGAUCGGGAUCGAUUACGUGGACGAAUCGGAGGUCCUGACCGUCGCCGACGAGGACAACCACAUCAACAAGCACAACUUCCGCAUCCCGUUCGUGUGCGGGUGCCGCAACCUCGGCGAGGCGCUGCGGCGGAUCCGCGAGGGCGCGGCGAUGAUCCGCACCAAGGGCGAGGCCGGGACGGGGAACGUGGUGGAGGCGGUGCGCCACGUGCGGUCGGUGAUGGGGGAGAUCCGCGUGCUGAGGAACAUGGACGACGACGAGGUGUUCUCGUUCGCGAAGAAGAUCGGCGCGCCGUACGACCUGGUGAUGCAGACGAAGCAGCUCGGGCGGCUGCCGGUGGUGCAGUUCGCCGCCGGAGGGGUGGCGACGCCGGCCGACGCGGCGCUGAUGAUGCAGCUCGGCUGCGACGGGGUGUUCGUCGGGUCCGGGGUGUUCAAGAGCGGGGACCCGGCGCGGAGGGCGAGGGCGAUCGUGCAGGCGGUGACGCACUACAACGACGCGGCGGUGGUGGCGGAGGUGAGCUGCGGGCUCGGGGAGGCGAUGGUGGGGAUUAACCUCAAUGAUGCCAAGGUCGAGAGGUAUGCCAACCGCUCCGAGUGAGUCGGCUCGGAUAUUCGCUUCUGCUUUCUUGUUGCUUUUUGGGGCUCCUGGAAUAUUACUUAUGUUGUGAUUGGGAAUUUACAUUAUAUAAGUCAAUCUUUUGAUUUGCGUUUUUAA